AUGCCCCCCACCCGGCGUCGAGCCUCUCAAGCUCGCAACUCGGCUUCGAGCGCGUCCAGCUUGGCCAUCAACCUGCCCUCGAGGCGACUGCACAUUGCGAAUAACUCGCAACAACAACCACAACCAGCUGCUUCGCUACACAACGCGGACUCGUAUGAAGCACGAAGUGAUCAAGCGCUUGCUGCGCCUUCGGGCAGCCAGGGACAAGAUGUCGGCGACGUCGAGUCGACCGAGCACGUCUCUCUGAGCUUGUCCAGCGAGGUGCAUCCCACCAGCUUACACGCUUCUUGGCAGACGGACGCCGCUUCGCAAGGCAGAAUGCUUCCGCCACCCGACUUUGCCUUUAUCACGCCAGAGAUGAUCUCUGCUAGGGGUGUGGGUGCAAGAGCAAGGGCAUCGCAGCACGCCUUCGGAUCUGCGCAUCCAGCUCAUCCUCCUGCCGCCCGCGCACCUCCUCGGAUGCUGAAUCGCCAUGCUCGACCCCGUACAAGCUCCGCGUCGCAAGCCGGCAUGACGCAAGAUUCGAGCCUCGAACUCUCACAUCUCCAAGCCAUGAGACCCCCGGACAUGGACUUCUUCUCUCGACCCGCCGCACCGCCUACCGAAGCUGCGAGCAGGGGCACGCGAGCGCGCUCAGCUCAACCAAGCACGAAUCGUCGACAAUCGGGGAUGAUCUCCGAAGAGCCUUCCACCAGCCUUCGAAGCUUACGAGGAGUCACAGCCAGUCCUGGCAGCCUUGUUCGUCCGGCUGAUUCUUCUCGCGACCUCGACGCGUCUCGAUUGUCGAGCAUGGCACCGGGCCAAGCUACUGGCUCGCUCGCCUCGCCCAAUCUAGAGGAGAGCGAGUUGGAUAACGAAGCGAGCUUGGCAUCAGACCCGAGACCUUUCAGAGAAGACCCUGGACGAACGGCUCGGUUACAUUUGGGUCUUGAAGCUGCCUAUCCUCGCUCACGUCGUGUGGUGGGAAAGACACCGGCAGAAGAUAGGGCAUCCAUCUUUGCUCUUCCCCUCGACCCGUAUCAUGCUUCAGCAUCACACGCGGAAAGCAGCUCAACUAG